AUGGACAUGGCGACGUCUGGGUGGAGCGAGUGGCGGAUCGAGUCGCACGGUCAGUCGCUCGUCGCAGGAGCGAGUGCGAUGAAAGCUCCGUACUCGACAGCGCUUAGCAGCAAAGUGCUGAGAGGAGGAUGCUAUGAGCUGUCCUGCAGAGUAGUCAGAGCAAGAGGAUGCUUCGCCAUCGGCUGGCACGAGAAAUCGAGAGACGGGUUGGCAUUCUACAUGAAUGACCGAGGAGAGAUCAAGGCGGGAAGCAAGCUAGCGCUCCCCGUGCAUUGGUCCGAGCACGUGGAUCACGGGCUGAGGUUUGGGAAGCUCGUGACGUGCGAGGAAGGGGUGGGAACGAUGGCAGAGGUCGGCAUGGACGUGAUGCCGCUGCCGCCGCUGAGCCUGGCGAGUCUGGGACCGGGGAGGAUCGUAACAGUGUUCAAAGGGGAGCAAAACUGUGUGGUGGAGCUGCAGGGACAGGCAAGGUUGGAGGUGCCGAUCGGGCAGUACGGGGAGUACCAUCUGUGCCAGUACAUCCGGCUGAGGAGACGGAAGUACUACAUGAAUCAGAAGUCCAAGGCAACGACCCUGACGAGACCUCCCAACAACGAGAUCGCGCUGCUGGAGCAAGACAGCCUCGUCUGCAGGAAGAGACGCUGCUGGUUCCAGUACAAAGUGCAGGGGAAGUGGAAGAAAGAGAGGUCCGCAGCUGGAGAGCUUCUCCCCGUCAUGGCCUACGGAGGCAGCAGAAUGUCGGAGGUGCUGGCGGAGAGAGACCUGAUCGAGGAGGCCUUGCUCAAAGCCAAGUCCGAGCUCUUCACGCUGCUCGACGAGCAGGAGCGAGUGGAAUUGGCGAGCAGAUGUGUCUACGUGAGUUUGGCAUCCGAUCAGGUUCUCUUUGAGCAGGGGGAAAGUCCCGAGGCAGACGACAGCAUGUACGUCGUCGUCAGCGGCAGCCUCAAAGUGACCAUCUGGUUGUCCCUAGAGGCCUCCAUUGACGUGGCGAGCCUCGGGCCGGCAGAUGCAGGCAGGCGGCGGAGAGCCGGGGGUUCCGGUGAGAUGACGCUCCUCUUCGGUAACCCCCGGACUGCCACCAUCACGGCGACUCGCCGCUGCGAGCUUGCCAAGGUGUCGCGGGACGCCAUCACUCCGCUGCUGCAGAAACGUGAAGACAUCCUUGAAAGAUUAUCCGAGAUCGUGAAAUCGCGAGAGUUGAAGAACAAGGAGAGUGUCCGACUGCACCGCGCGAGUAAUUCGAACAAGAGCACUUGA